ACGCCCCUGAGUGCAGGAUGAGUCAGCAAUAUUGUUCUGAAAGAAAAAGACUACAUUUAUUUUUGUCAUUUUUUUCUGUUUGAAUCUUAUCCAAACUUAUUCUGACGAAAUCUAAUAUUUGGAAAAAAUAUUCGCAGUUCGCAUAAGUCUUUUCCCAAUGUUCAAGGAACGUUGUUUUAAGUUUUUAAUUGUCCCUAGUAACUAAAGUAGAGUCACAAACCAAAACCUCACACGGGCCUCUGAAGUGUUUUACUGCCGAGCUGCUGAUGAAGACGAUGAUCAUGAUGAUGAAGGUCUGACAACAAACCCCGUGUCUGACUUCGUCACGUCGGCGGAGUUCGGCACAGCGCGCUCGGUGUGUAAACCGGUUCCGAACACGAUGGGUUUGUGUUCCGGUAUCGGCUACGAAGAGAUGCGGCUGCCGAACCUGCUGGGUCACGACAGCGCGAGGGAAGCGCAGCAGCAGUCCGCAGCCUGGAUGCCGCUGCUCGGCAAACACUGUCACGCGGACACGCGGCGCUUCCUCUGCUCGCUCUUCGCGCCCGUGUGUUUACCGGAGGUCACGGUUCCGGUGCGCCCGUGCCGGAGUCUUUGUGAGGCGGUGCGGGACGCGUGUCUGCCCGUCAUGAGCGCGUUCGGGUUUCCGUGGCCAGAGAUGUUCAACUGCAGCCGGUUUCCAGAUGGAUCGGAACUCUGCAUCCCCGGAGGAAAAGACCCGAACCGGGCUAAAGGCACCGACGCGCCCAAAGGUUCUGUGAUCUGUGAGGUUUGCGGUUCAGACUCAGAAGGAGAGCGAGAGAUCCAGCAGAACUUCUGCAAGAGUCCGUUCGCGUUCAGACUGCGGGUCGGCUCCACGUCUCUGGACGGGACAGACGUGCGUGUGGUUCCUCAGGGUCGCAGCCGUGUUCUUCGCUGGCAGAGCGGCCCGCAGGAGGAGCAGGCGGCGGCGGAACAGAGCGCCCUGUGGCUGUCACGGGGCCGCGGCUGCUCCUGUCCGGCACUGGACGGCCCGCUCACGGGCUCCUACAUCGCACUGGCUCACAUGCACAGCGGCCGGAUGGUCCUCAGAAGACUCCUCAAAUGGUCCCGUGAAGAGAAAGAGCUGAAGAAGUUCAUCAGGAUGCUACUGAGACAAGACUGCUGAGGUCAUGACCCCUGGACAGACAUUAAUGAGCGAAUAAGAUGCAAAAACAGUUCUGGAGUGAUGAACAGCAUGAAACUGCAUCUUCAAAAUGAGCUGUUUCAGUUUUAAAUUUUUACUGGUUUUUAUAAUUUUACUUUUUUCCAUUAAAUUUUUUUAUUAGUGCUGUCAAAUCGAUUAACAUAAAAGUUUGUAAAUAUAUAGUGUGUGUAUAUAUAUAUUUACAUUAAUGUUAGAUGUGAUUAAUUGCGAUUAAUCGAUUAAUAGCUACUAAUCGCAUCUAACAUAAAAGUUUGUAAACAUACACGAUAUAUUCGUGAUUAAUCAAUAUUAUAUAUCGCGAUUAAUCAAUUGUAAAAGUUUGUAAAUGUAUAUACAUAAACAUAUAUUUGCAAACUUUUAUGUUAGAUGCGAUUAAUCUUGAUUAAUUGAUUAAUCGAUUUGACAGCACUAAUUUUAAUGCUUUUAUACUGACUUUGUACUAACAUUACUAAACUUAAUGUAUUUGCGAUUAAAGAAUAUUGAACCUUU